AUGGCGGCUGCAGAGCUGACUGGAUUGACUUUUGUGGAUGAAGACGAUCUUCCUGUAGCAUUCCUUCGUAUUGCCCACGUGCAUUCUGACAACGAAGCGCCCUCUGAUAUCGAUAGCAGCGAAGGAGAAUCUGCAGAUGAAAGUGGGGAAGAAAGCGAUGAGUGCGAGGAUACUGAGGAGCGUGACUACUCAAAUUUAAUGUGGUCAUCCGUGAUAAGACCUCCACAAGACAGAAACUUCAAUGAAGAGGUUGGUAUGAGAGUAGAAAUGGAAAACAACAGCAGUUGUCUUAACUAUUUUGAACUGCUCUUCACUGAUAAUGUUUACCAGCUGAUUUUGAAUGAGACCGCGAGAUUUGAACGCCAAAAAAGUCAUCUUGAUCCAAAUUCAAGAGGUCAUCUCCACAAUUUGACUGUUCCAGAACUGAAGGCAUGGCUUGGUCUCACCUUAGCAAUGGGCUUAGUGAAAAAACCCAACUUUAAGUCUUACUGGUGUAAUAAAUCAGUUAUCAAGACUCCAUUGUUUCCCAACAAAAUGUCGAGAGAUCGCUACCUUCAUAUUCUGCGGUUUAUGCACUUUGUUGACAACAACAAUGCUCCAGACCCUGCUGACCCUAAUAGAGAUAAACUGUGGAAAAUCAGGCCAUUUUUGAAUGCUUUGCUUCCAAGAUUUACCACAGUUUAUUCACCAUCACAGAAUUUGUCUGUGGAUGAGACCUUUAUCAAGUUCAAGGGACGUUACAAUUUAGGCAGUUUUUGCCUUUGA